AUGGGGAACUGUUUUAGUAGUACAGGAGAAAAGGAUUCUAAAAGCAAAAAUGAAAGGGCGAACCCGCAUGAAGAAGACCCUAGGCAGUUCCAGACCCCAGUGCCGACCCCUCCGCCUGAUCCAAUUAGAUCUACUGUGAAUCAAGGAACAGAUACGAGUGAGGUCCCUCCCACCCGAAUAUUCGUAGCUCUGUACGAUUACGAUGCCCGUACUGAUGAGGACCUUAGCUUUAGAAAAGGGGAACAUUUAGAAAUCUUAAAUGAUACACAAGGUGACUGGUGGCUAGCUAGAAGUAAGAAGACCAAACAAGAAGGCUACAUUCCAUCGAAUUAUGUCGCACGCCUGCAAUCUAUAGAGGCCGAACCGUGA